UAUAAACACAACAGCCUUCUGCAUAACAAGUAUGAUAUUAUCUAAAAGUGACUACUCCAUUAGUGUUUGCAACAUUUGAGCUUAGUCUUUGAGUGCUAAUAAGUGGUUUGACGGCAAAGUUAAGUGUGGAAAUUGCCACAAGAUAGGAUUUUCUUUUCAGUCUUGAACGUGGAGGAUUGUUUUAAUUAGCCGCCUUCGGUUGGUUGUUAUAGCAUGUGAUAUUAGAUGCAUACGGAUUAAAGCGCAGCCGCUAAAGUGAUUUAGUUAACCCAGCACUUAAAGAGCACUGGUUUUUAGUGUAGUAACUUUGCUACGGUUUCAGCUGUGUAGCGUGUGCUGAAUUGUGCAGUCAUCAACCACAGAGGCCUCAUUGAUCAGCUACCGAGCCUCAAUACACAAUGAGACGAGGCCAGCGAUCUCUCCUCCUCUCCUCCACCCCAUCCCUCCUGCUGCGAUCCCUCGUUCUGCUCUCUGUCUGCCCACGGGGGCAGGCCGUGCAGGCUGAGAACGUGACCGUGCUGGAGGGGGGGACGGCACAGAUCUCCUGUCGUCUCCAGAACUAUGAUGGCUCAAUCGUGGUCAUCCAGAACCCACGCAGACAAACGCUCUUCUUCAAUGGAACUCGAGCACUGAAAGACGACCGUUUUCAGAUGGUUCUUUUCACGCCGCGCCUGGUGCGGAUCACGUUGACUAAUGUAAGUGUAUCUGACGAGGGCGGCUACUUCUGCCAGCUCUACACCGAUGACACACACCACCAGGUGGCGACGCUGUCGGUGGUGGUGCCCCCGGAGGUCCCUACAGUGGAGGUGAAGACAGAGGCAGUGGAGGGCGGAGAGGUGGAACUCACAUGCAUGUCCCCACGGAGCAAACCACCAGCCACACUGCGCUGGGUUCGAGACCGCCGAGAAAUCGCUGGUGUGAUCUCACAGCAGGAGAACGGCAAGACUGUGAGUGUUUCCAACACUAUCCGUAUCCCUGUGGAGAGGAAAGAUAAUGGAGCGGCACUGAGCUGUGAGGCGUCUCACCCGGCACUCGUGGGGCAGAAGCGAGUUCGUCACUUCAGCCUGGACGUUCACUUUGCUCCUACGGUGAAAAUCAUUCCCCCUCAGGGCAUCCUCCGAGAGGGAGACUCCCUCAGUCUCACCUGCUCCGUUACCGGCAACCCACUACCACGUGACAUCCAGUGGUCACGAGUGAACGACACUCUUCCUGAGAGGGCGGAGAAAACGGGCAACAUUCUCCAAAUGUCUCGCCUCAGCCAAUCACACAACGGCACCUACCUCUGUCAGGCCCAUAAUAAUUACGGCCGCGCAGCCGACCACUACACACUGCUGGUGUACGUGUCUGUCCCUCCCAACUCUCAUUCUGCCAUCGCUCACACCAUCCUUCCAUCCUUUAAAGAGGAAUACCCAGACCCUGGAGCAGUGGUGGAAACGCACAGUGCUGUUCCGUAUGCAGUGAUCGGGGGCAUCCUGGCUCUGCUGGUCUUCACUGUCAUCUGUGUGCUCAUCGUCACCAUCUGGUGCUCCGUCCGACAGAAAGGUUCAUAUUUGACUCAUGAGGCCAGUGGGUUGGAUGAACACGGUGAGGUACAGGAGGCAUUCCUCAAUGGUAAUGAUGCCAGCCAGGGCAAGAAGGAGUACCUACUGUAGCGCCGCCCUAGUGGAGCUCUUCAGAAACACUGGACCACUGCAGAGUGCACACCGCAACACACACUGUUCCCAAACAGACCUACACACCACCACAACGACAACCAGAGGGAAUCACAAUCGUGCCAUAUGAAGCUGGAGUGGGAAGGAGAGGACGGAGACAAUAAUGGAGCAGGGUGGAGAGCGAAAGAGCUGAGGGGAGAGGAUAAUAAUUAUUAUGAUCGAAAGAGACUAUCACACACACUCUUUCUGUUUUUACUUGCUUUUACAAUAGACAACUAGCCAUAAUUGUAGGACCAGGAGAGAAAAGUUUCCAUUCAAAGCAGGCCGAUCCAUAACUGGGUGAAACGGAGUCCCUGUGGGAAGCCGCAAAGAGCUUAUGAGCUAUUGAAUGUCCCAACGUGAGCAAAUUUUAAUUCCCUGCAUUUGCCAAAGCAUUUGGGCCUCAGAGACUGAGCUGGUAGACAAUAAAUCCACCAAUGACAGCGCUGAGAGCUCAGAGCCAUCCUCAUAAAGUAUUCAUCUGAGCUUUUCAUCUGGCAACUCCAUUAUCUGCUCAUGUUGGCCAAAACCUGUUGACUUGUGAAGAAAAGUUUUGAUCCUCUCUCGGUGACUCUCUGUUUCCGCUCUCAAAUGCUCCUUCCUCUCCCUCCUCUAUCUCUCCACUAUUGUUUGUUAAUAAUUAAGGGAUCAGACAUGUUCUCUUUUAUGAGAGGAAUGAAUUGGAGCAGACCGCUCUCUCUGAAACUGUUAAAGGGGGCUUAAUUUUCGCAGAGUCACUGGAAACGUGAAAUUGUGUUGCUCGACGUGGGUGAGAAAAAACAGGAAGGGAGUUUGUAGAGAACAUGUCAGAAAUUUCAAUGUGUUUUUUUUUCUUUUUUCUUCUUUUUUGGUGGCUCAACACAAAAACACUUACACAAUGAAACAUAUCUCUAAAGUCAUUAUUUGUAUGAAAAAGUCUACAAAGUAAGUUAAAUGGCUCUUGUAAGAAACAAAUUACAUUUACUUUUGCGCACAUUACCAAGCGAUGCUAUCGUACUAACACAGAAUAUUAGCUUAGAGCUGCAAAACUGAACAAACUACUGUUACGUCAUCUUUAAAAAAAAAAUCAAAAUUAAAAAAAAUAUAUAUUUCGUUGGUCUUUAAAAGAUAUCAGAGGUCUUAAUUGUUUUUAUGAAUUAUAAUUUGGACUAUUAUGAUCGUUGUUAUGGUUAUUAUUAUUAUUCUUACUGUUAUUAUAAUUGUAAAUGUUAUAAAUUGUAUACUUCCCAUGCUUUAGUUUUACCAGUAGAAACAGCUGUGUAACCACUUUUCUCCCUCCUCUUACAUUCUCUUCUGUCCUUCUUGAUCCUCUUUGUGUCUUUUCUUCUAGUUGCCCAUCUCCUCUUCGUCUUUCACUUCCUGUUUAUUUUGUAGUCUUUGCGUCGCUGUUGAUAUAGCUAACUGUACAUCUUUAUAGGGGAAAGAUACCAAGCACGACAAAAUAAAAAAUACUUAAAGAA